AUGGCAGUACCUUCAGCCCACGAGUUUCACUGGCAGAGCCUGGCACGACUGCCCAGCGGCCGCGUCUACCACACUCUGUCUGAGGUGGGGGGGCAGAUGUAUAUGCUGGGGGGCUGCGAUGCUGCAGGGAGGCCCUGCCCGGCCCUGGAGCUCUACUCCCCCGAGGGGGACCGGUGGAUAAGCUUGCCGCCCAUGCCCACGCCUCGCGCCGGUGCAGCUGUGGCAGUGCUGGGAAAACAAAUCCUGGUGGUGGGAGGAGUGGGGGAGGACCAGAGCCCCCUGAAGGUGGUGGAGAUGUACAACACAGAGGAGGGAAGGUGGAGGAAGAGGAGCGCUCUGCGGGAGGCCUUGAUGGGCGUAUCCAUCGCUGUGAAAGAUGGCCGGGCUCUGGCAGUCGGGGGAAUGGGUGCUGACCUGCUCCCUCGCAGCAUCCUGCAGCAGUAUGACCUUCGAAAGGACGUGUGGGCGCUACUUCCUCCCAUGCCGACCCCGCGCUACGAUGCCAACACACAUCUGCUGGCCAACAAGCUCUACGUGGCAGGCGGUCGUCAGUGUAAGCGACCAGUAAAGGCCUUUGAGGUAUAUGACGCAGAGACACGUUCUUGGACUACGCUACCCAUGAUGCCUUGCAAACGUUCAUACGGUGGCGUGAUAUGGGACACAACUGGGAGGUUGUGUCUGCUCGGAGGGCUGCGGCAGGGAGGAGGACACCAGAGCUCCAAGUUCACCAAGAAUGUCAACAUUUUUGACACCAGCCAAGGAGUCUGGUUGAAGUCUGAGGAGACGGUGGCGAUGAAAACAAAGAGAGCCGACUUCGCUGCUGCCUUCCUGCGUGGCCGUGUGGUCGUGGCUGGAGGACUUGGUCAUGAGCCCUCAGCCCUGGACACGGUGGAGGCCUUUCAUCCUCAGAGAAAGAAGUGGGAGAGGUUGGCUCCCAUGACCUUCCCCCGAUGCUCCACCUCCUCCAUCGUCAUCAGAGACCGCCUCCUGGUGGUGGGAGGAGUCAACCAGGUUCCCAGCACGGCCCACGAGAUUUUGUAUGUAAAAGAAGAAGAGUACCUGUAGCCUGUUUUGACUGAUACCGGACGACACAUCAGUGAAUGCAGCACAUCAGUGAUUCCACUUCCUCUU